UGAUUCAUCAGCUGUCGUCAAAGCGAGAGAGCUUAGAUUGAAAACACAACGUAAUUUGCACUAAAUCGCGGAAAUUUAUUUUAAAAAAAUAACUAUACGGCAUGUCGGUGAAUACGGCACACGCCAAUAAUGGUGUGCUCAUCCAUGCGGGCGAGUACAUUCUGCUGCACAGCGAUAGCAUUUCAAUGGAGUUUUCUGGCCAGGAUGGUCAACUGUUCAAGGGCUCCAAGCAGGGUCGCAUCUAUUUGACAUCGCAUCGCAUGAUCUUCAACAGCAAGAAGCCCAAUGAUGUGAUGCAAUCCUUCAGCGCACCCUUUGUUGCGCUAUCAGACGUGGAAAUCGAACAGCCCGUGUUUGGGGCCAAUUACAUCAAGGGCAAGGUGCGCGCUCAGCCGAAUGGCAACUAUGUGGGCGAGGUGAAGUUCAAGCUGUACUUUAAGGCUGGAGGCGCCAUUGAAUAUGGCCAGGCGCUGUUGCGCGCUGCGAAGACCGCUCAGAGCAACUUCCAUCGUGGCGGUCUAGCUGGCGAUGAUCCGCCACCGUAUGCGCCCGCUGGUGCUUGGCAUGAGGCACCACCACCGGCUUAUCAGCCACCGCCCGGCUACUAUGGCUGGUUGCCACAGCACGAUGCAUUCAGUGGCCCGGCUCCGAACACUGUGUUUAUCAGUGACAAUCCGCCGCCAUAUCCUGGCAUCACACCACCCAACAAUCAACCAGCACCACAACCGCAGCCGCAUUCGCAGCCCACUGAACCCAAUUGGUAUGGUUUUUCAGCACCACCUGACCAGCAGCCGCAACAGCAGCCCGGCUAUGGUGGCCAAGGAUGGGCCGGUGGCUUUGCACAGCCGCCGCCGUACGCAUCCUUAGGCCCAGGCGGUCAACCAGGCGCUCAACCGCCCUAUGGCGGACAACCAGCUCAAGGCUAUGGCGCGCCCGCGGCGCCCUAUGGCGGCUAUAAUCCGAAUGUGCCCGGUGGUUUUAUGCAGCCCGGUUUUAUGCCGCCGCAACAGCCCAGUGGUUAUCCAGGCUCUUAUCCUCCACAACAGCCAAAUGGUUAUCCGGGCGCAGCAUCACCACAGCAACCAAAUGGUUAUCCGGGCCCAGCGCCACCACAGCAACCAGGUGGUUAUCCGGGAUCAGCGCCACCACAGCAACCAGGUGGUUAUCCGGGCUCAAAUCCCCCAGCUGCUGGUGCUGGUGCCAGCGGUGCCGCUGGCAGUGCGGCCUCCGUCAACUUUAUGGGCUUCAGCUUGCCACCAGGAAAUUCCAAAGAAGCCGAGGCCGCAGCAAGCGCUUAUAAUACACCCUACAACCAACGUGGACCCAGUGCACCAGGAUCCAGCGAUAUGCCGCCUUCAUAUAAUAGCAUGCCACCCAGCUAUAAUGAUGCAUCGGAGAAGCAACAAUAAAACAAAGCUUGUCAAAAUUUAACGAAUUUUACAUAACUGAGCAAAAACAAAAAAAAACCGGCACAUUCCGAUUAUUAUAACUCGAAAUUAUUGUAGUUCUCUACACUCAUCGAUUAUUUGAGGUCUGUUUCAGUUCUUAAAAUUGCAAGAAUCUAAUUCUAUCAAAUCGAUUUGUGCUUUGCUAGUUAACACUUGCUUAUUCGAUAACAAUUGGAAAAUCGAUAACAAUUGGAAAAUCGAACACUUUUCUUAUUAUAUUAUUUUAACAAAUUGAUAGAAGUCUCAACAAGUCCUUGAUACAAACAUAAACACUGACAUUUUUGUUGUUUCUACUGGAUAUUUAUUCAAUACAGUUUAUGCUUUGUCGAUUUUGAGUCACAAUAUAUGUUUAAUCAUCUUA